UGGAAGGAAAGAGAGGCACCUGUGCGGUCCAUGCAUGCAAUGCAACGGCGGAAGCCAAGGCCCGUUCGUUUUUAUCAGAAUCCCAGACGCUCGCUUUCUUCGUUGACUGAUACUCAUGAAAUCGCCAAAUCCAAAACUUUAGCUUUUUCUUUCUCGAUAAUUUUGAUUUUCUCUCUACAGUUUUGCAGAGUGAUAAUGGCGGUCCCAGCUGCACUGGCUAUCGUCUCUAUUGGAGUUCUCUUCUUUGUCUCUGGCCUUAUUGUCAAUCUUGUCCAGGGAUCUUGUUUCCUCCUCAUACGGCCUUUCUCAAAAAGUGCAUAUAGAAAGAUCGUCGGAGUGGUGACAGAAAUUUUAUGGCUUACAUUAAUAUGGCUCAUGGAUUGGCGGGCAGGCCUUGAGAUUCAUCUCUUUACAGAUUCAGAAACUUAUAAAUUAAUGGGUAAAGAACAUGCACUUGUAAUGCCUAAUCACAUCUCCGAUGCUGAUAUAUUCAUUUUGUGGCUUUUGGCUCAGCGUUUCAAUUGUCUUCGCAGUGCACUAAUGGUGGUCAAGAAAUCUUCAAUGUAUAUUCCAAUUUUUGGGUGGGCAGCUUGGUUCAUGGAGUACGUAUUUAUGAGUAGAAGUUGGGCCAAAGAUGAAAAGAACCUAAAGUCACGUUUGAUAGGGCUCCAGGAUUUUCCAUGGCCUUUUUGGUUGACUAUUUUUACAGAAGGAACUCGACUCACCCCUGAUAAACUUGUAGCUUCUCAAAAGUUUGCAAUUUCUAAAGGACUGCCUGUUCCUAGUAACGUUCUAAUCCCUCGUACUAAGGGUUUUGUUGCAGCAGUGCAAUAUGUGCGUUGGUUCGUUCCGGCCAUUUAUGAUAUGACAUUGGCUGUGCCAAGAGGUCAUCGAACCCCUUCAUUUCUGGAAAUUUUGAAGGGUCGACCAACUGUUGUUCAAAUUCAUUUAAAACGAUAUCCAGUAAAUGAAUUACCAGAAUCAGAGGAAGGCAUAGCACAAUGGUGUAAAGAUAGAUUUGUGGCUAAGGAUUCUUUAUUGGAUGAGUUUCAAGCCAAAGGCAGAUUUGAAAGUAAUGAAAUUAAAAACAUUGUUGGUCGGUCAAUAAAGACAUUAGUGGUAUUGGUCUCUCUGGCUUGCAUAGAUUUUAUUGGUGCGAUGGCGGUGAUUCAACGAUUUUCUCUUCUAUCGACAUGGAAAGGCAUCACCUCCAUAGUAGCUGGAUUGGGCCUUGAAGCACUUUUCCUGCACGCCGUGAUUGAGUAUACAAAAUUGCCACCACAAGCUUCAAAAGCUUCCAUGCCAAAUGGCUUAUCUAAACACUAGUUUUGUCUGCAAUUUCAAACUUAUCGGAACCUGCUACGCAACGGAGGUUUCUGCAUAAUAUUUUUUUUUUUCGUGCUGUAGGUACAUAAUAAUUAAUAAAUAAGUUAUAGUUAACUUUUUA